AUGUCAACGAUGUUCAUCCAACUGCGCCGUGUGGUGUACCUGUUGGUACUUUUGCAGUGGUGUGUGUGUGCGGCGUAUGCGGGGAGUGAGACAGCGGUUCCCGUAAAGGAGGAGGAGGUGAAUUGCAUGGAUGGAGUGGUUAUAAAGGACCUGGAUCAUCUCACGGAAUACAGCUCAACAAUAUACGAGCCGUUAUUAAAACAGGCGGGGAAACCGCUGGAGGCGGCAGAUGAUUGUCUGCUAACAUGGCGGUAUGACGUGAAUGUGUGUAACGAAAGUAUCACCCGUAUUGCAGACGUCGUGAACACCACUGUUCAUUUUCUUUAUGGUGUUAAGAAGAGCAAGAAACCCAAAGUGGAGAGUCUGAAAGAGGAGAAAUACCGUUGGUUGGGUCUGCUUUCUAGGGCUGUGGGUGUGGAAUUGCCGGACCCGCAGCCGAUAGAGUGCGGGGACCCAAGAGUCAAAGAAUUUAUGGAUAAUAUUAAUAAAACGGUUGGCGAAUUCAAUGAGACUGUCAAUAAUGUGUCGGAGUUAGUUAGGAAUGCGCGUGUCAGUCGGUAUUUUUGCGGGACACACCGUCAGGGUUUGGAAUUUGAGUUGGAGAAGUGGAAGAGAGCCGUCGUCGACUGGUUUUUGGACAUUGCGAAAAAAAACUCAAGCAAGGUUUGCAUGAAUGAUACAACGAGGGAAGGGGUGGCAAAGGUCGUUACGACAUACAAUAGGAUCGUUACCGCCUUGGAUGAUAUCAGUAACGCCAGUGCCGGAACGCAAGUUUGCAGGGUGAAUGCCGGGGUGAACUGGGGUAAAGAUUUGGAAGAGCUGUUGGGGUUCUUGAAAGACGAAUGUCGGGAAACGUAUGGCGAAAUGUUGAUGCCAAACGUAGAGAAGAAGGAAGUUGCGAAAGAGAAGGAUGUGAGGGGGGUUUUGAAGCCAGAGACCACAUCCACCCAUACAGGGGACUCAGAAACGGGGUCAAGGGCACAGUUCAUCAAGGGGUUUAAUGAGAGUACGGAGAAAGCGAAGCAGAGAAAGAUUGAAGAGGCAAGGAGGAGGGAAGAGGCGGAGAGAGCCGCAGUCGAGGCCAGGAUAGCUGCAGAAGAAAGGGCCAGAAAAGAGGAGGAAGCGAAAAAAGCCGCAGAAGAAAAGGCCAGAAAAGAGGAGGAGGCGAAAAGAGUUGCAGAUGAAAAGGCCAGAAAAGAGGAGGAAGCGAAAAAAGCUGCAGAAAAGGCCAGAAAAGAGGAGGAAAAGGCGAGGAAAGUCGCAGAAAGGGCGGCCAAGGAAGACGAAGCGAAACGAGCGGCUGCAGAAAAGACCAAGAAAAAGAAGGAUGGUAGCAGCAGUCCUGCAUUGGCGCACACUUCCAUUUUGCUUCUUGUUCUCUUGUGUGUUUUGGGUUGCUCUCUCAUGUGCUGA